CAAUAAUUGUGUUUUGCACGAGCCGGGUGUCGAGCGACCUGUUACAAUCUGCCAAAGAUGUCAACUGGCAAUGAUCGAUGUCGCACUUGCAAUUGAAUUCGGCGGGCAGAUUCGAACCUAAUUGGGUUGAGGAAUUCGAAUGCCUCCUGGGUUGUCAACGGUUUUGCCGCUUCUCCUCCGCUACCACCAUGCCCGAAGAAACUCUGAGAUGGGCGAAUAUUGCCAGGCUUCCUGCUCGUCUUCAGAACAUUGCCAAGACUGCAUUAAGCUGUAAGCCGGAAGAGUUGGAAGCAAUCCUCGCCAUACCAAAACUGCCACCCUGCGACCAGGCGGCCCUCCUUCCGUUGCUGUUUCGGCUGCUUGAACCACCGCAGACCAUCGACCACGGAGACGAUGCCAUACCGCCGGCCGAUUACAUCCUGAAGACAUACCCCGUGCUACAAUCAAUCGAACUUUUGCUCAGGGAAUCACUCAUCCCAGAGAUGUCUAUAGUGAGCCUAUGGCCCCGGAUCUGGCAAUGCUUGUGCAUGCAUCAGAUGCUGGACGAUCGGGAUGUAGUAUCGCUUGAAGGGACCGACGUUCGGAAGCUUGCACUCUCCGUUCUGCGUCAGCUGUGUGUAUCCGACAGAUGGCUCUCAGGCGCCUCCCCGCAACCGCCGGUGCCCUUUGGCAUCGUGCACGUGACACCCGGACUGAUUCGGCACCUGGUUCAUCUGUGGCGCCGCGCUGUAUUUGAUCUGUCUUGGGCACUGCCGUAUACUUCGGAUCUCGGGCGGUUGCUGUGCUCUCUUCUGAUCUUCAAUCAUGCAGCGCCGCACGUCCAAGGGGAGAUCUUUGAGGCGUGCGGGGGAACGUGUGUGGACUAUGCGAUGUUCGUCAUUCAACACAUCCGCAUAACGCGACGCGAGAAGGAGUGGCAUGAGGCUACUAUGCUGCCCUGGACCGUCCAGUCGCUGACGGCGCUAUUGGAGAUCACAGUAGCGUAUUCGGACGUGCUGAUCGACGUCCUCAUGGACAUGGGCCUUGCCGCUGGAUUGGUCAAGCUCUCGCUGUGUCUCGACCGUAUCGGGAGAAUCGCCCUGCCUGUGACUAAUGGAGCGGGCGUGAUGCUGACUUUGCAGGGCCCGAUUUUCACGCUGCUCACCCGGGCAAAGCCAAAUCCUUCCUGGGUCCGACAGGCCUUGUGCUCCGGGCUGCUUCCCGCUAUCGCCAAGACAAAUCUCGGCAUUCUCGCAUCUCCGGGGACAACAUCCAUGAACGCAGACACGCUCUUCCCAAACCAGAUGAAACUGCUCAGCGACGUGCUCCCCGGGCAGCUGACGUCGUAUUCUGUUUUGGCGUAUCUCGAACGUGCUCUUGUCUCACUUGAGGAGACACAGUUGAAGUUCCCGAUCGGGCCGCUAGUCACACCGUGGUCUCGGAUGCUGCCAUUGUUGAAAGCCCGUUUUUCCAUCAAGAAAGAUUUCGACUCGCGCGGGCGGGUGGGGGUCAUAUUAUGUGAUGGGCCUCAGUGCCCCCAAGAUUCCUCGAAGAAACAAUUCAAACGGUGCUCACAGUGCCGACAAGUGUUCUACUGCAACAAGCAUUGCCAGACGAGACUGGAAGCAGGGCACACACCGGUCGCUUUGCGGCAAGCUUGGAUCCAGCCCGCCUCCUGCAUUUCUUAUGUUUCUCACACAGACCGAUGCAAAGCGCCUGCCGAGCCCCGAUCCGCUUGCCACAUUCACAAUCAUGGACUACGCGGCCGGAGCGGUCGAUCUACGCAUCUGCCCGUUUUCCGAGCUCCCGCUUUUGGCGCCCGAGCAUGACUGGAAGCAUUACAAGACUUGUGUGGAGCUUGCAGGUGGGACGAGAGAGCUGCGUGUUGUUGUGCUCCCAGAAAGGUCUUGGAUGCUCUUGGCACCGAGCCGGAAGUGCUCUGUGUGACCCGAUUGAGGUUUGAGCCUUGAGGCAACGACUUUGCUCAUCUGUAUUUUAUGCUUUCUUGUUGUUUUUAAAUGAUCUGUAAUAAUUCUGGAUAAGUAUACCAGCAAAAUUUGAAUUCCUAUCACACUGCGGGGGGACUUAUUUUUUC